CCGGCCUCCCGGAAGUGCGGACAUUGCCCUGGGCGUCUUGGUGGUGGCCAGUGACUCUCGCAGCGGUUGUCAGCGGCUUGACGUCCCCAGACGCUGUGCGGUGCGCCGGUGUACCCCAGGAAUUAGUUUCGGAAACUCCAGCGUGGGACGAUGGUGUGCAUUCCUUGUAUCGUCAUUCCAGUGCUGCUCUGGAUCUUCAAAAAGUUCCUGGAGCCAUACAUAUACCCCGUGGUCAGUCGCAUAUGGCCGAGAAAAGCUGUACAGCAAUUGGACAAUAAGAAUACGGGCAAGGUAGACUGCAAGGGUGCAGAUACAAAUGGAUUCUCCACAAAAGGACCAACAGAGGUCUCCGAUAAAAAGAAAGACUAGUGUGGUUCUCUUGAAGGCCCUGGGCUGUUUCCAAAUGGACCUGAUAACAUGAAGCACCUUCUCUGUCUCUGACCUUUUUUCUCUGAGACCAGGAUUCUAGAUAAUAGUUUAGCUUCUGCCUGAUACUAAUCAGGGAGUACAGGUAUUUAUAUUUAAAAUUCCAGUAGUUAUAUUUAAUGACCAUACCGAAGUUCCCUUUUCAUUAAAGUAGCUUUCAUUUCUAUUAUUCCGUUUUACUGCUAGGAACAAAUAGGAGGUCUGUGUGAGCAGACACUCAGAGCCCAGUCCUUAGGCCUUUGCCUUCUUUCUCAUGAGUUUGCCGUUUUCACUUCCCGUGGGCUCUUGUACCUUGAGUGGGAGGAGUCUUAGCGUGACACAGGGCGGUCUGCGGUGGGAUGCGACGUGAUUACUGAUCACUACCAAGCACAAUGGCCAGCAGAUGGCCGAGAAUAGUCACUGCUCCAAGGAACCUGGGAAAGGAACUAGGGAAGCUUCUUUGAAAGCUCUAACAUCGACAUCAUCGUCAGUCACACAACUUCUAAUUCUCUGUACUUCUAGUCCUGACAAUGUAUUAAACACCCAUUUAACUUGUG